AAAUCGCUCUUACUGUUACCAACAAAACAAUUGUAAUUUUAAUUACAAUUUUUAAGCGCUUCUACAUUCCUUUUUAAUCAAUAAAGUCACAGUAUACAGCUGUGAUUAUUGAUUAUGAGAUCAACUUUAGGAAAAGAUUAUAAUCAUACGUGCAAAGCUCGGAAAGUGAAAGUGGCAUUAGCAUAUGUCGUGUCUGUCUCGCAAGAUUUGACGAACAACGAUAUUAUACAGACCGAGAAUCAAUGCACGGUGAGGUGGAAGUGGUCGCGUUUACGUUGAAUGUAUGAAGAUGUGAUCCGGCGAGAAGCGUCGAUACAGGGAUGCUGGAUGGGACGGACCUGACACCAGCUCCACCCAUAAGCCUGCGCUCCGCCCUCGUGAAAUUCAUUUGCCCAGGGGGUUAGCCCGGACUCGCGACUAGUUAGAUCGACUCUUUCGACGUCGAUGUUACUCUCCGUCACGAUGUGAACCGGAUCGUUCUCGAAAUUACUUCUUCCUUACGCCAAUCUGCCGUUUAAUCUCGCGGUACUGUCGGGCCUUUCUCUCGCGUGCAACAUGCCGAUGUUAACGUAUAGCGGCUGCGGUGCUGGAAUCGUGGAGGCCGAAAACGGUUCACCGGCGGGGUCGUUAUUGUCCGGCGAGGGGGAGCUCGCGGAAGAAGCCGGCGACUCGCCCGGGACGUCGCGGGACACCGAAGAGGAGGCGACGCUCUCCGACGAGUUUUAUUCCCACGACACAGACGAGGAGGAAGAACAAAGCAAAAGGCGACGGGACCGUUCCGGCUCCCUAGACGGCAUCUCGUCCUCUGGCAGUGGUCAUUUGGGCUCGCCCACGCCUCGUGUAGGUAACUUAGGAGUUAGAAAAUUAUUCACUAACAGCCGCGAACGAUGGAGACAGCAGAACGUGAGCGGCGCCUUCGCUGAACUCCGUAAAUUAGUGCCGACUCAUCCACCCGACAAGAAGUUAUCAAAAAAUGAGAUUUUAAGAAUGUCGAUAAGGUACAUAAGGUUGCUAAGCAAUGUUCUGGAGUGGCAAAAGAGUCAAGACCGCAACGGGGUGCAACAGCACGACGUGCGCAUCAAAUGCGAGUUGCAUUCUAAUCAAAACUCCGCCACGUAUCACACCGCGAACACGGCCGUAACGUUCCUGAAGCAGGAGAAGCUGAGCAACGAAAAUUCUCACGUCUUUCGUGUUAAUUAUGCCGCGCAGAGGCACAGUUCGCACGCGUGUGACAAGAACAGCAGCAAUUUGCUCAUGAUCGCCCCGAGCGGACUCAACGCAGCUAUUUCCGCUGGAAAACGCUGUGUCACACCCUCCAUCGUCGUUACUCAAGGCAACUUCCACAGCAACAGCAAUGGAAACGUUAUACGUUCUCCAUCGAGCGGACGGUCCUCAAGCUUCCCGAAAUCACCCCAAGUACCAUCGAACACUGGUAUAGUACCUAAUGGUACUUCUUCAUCCCUGGCGGGCAAUACUCCAGUUGCGAACGGAAUAGGAUCGAGCGGCUCGAGUUGUGCCCAAAAGAGAUUUAAGAUCGAGCGAGAAGAAGAUGACCAGGCAUGUACGAGGGAGUGCAGGGCUCCGCCACCGCCUGUUCAUAAUGUCCCGGUCAGGAAAAGGGUGAAAAUCGCCUUUAUGAAGGAUCCCAGCUCAGGAUUUCGCGGCGAUUUGUGUGGUGCAGAUCGCAAGUGAAUUAUUGACGAGAGCUCGCGAAGGGAUAGACUCUUGCGAUCGUCUCUAAAAACAAUAUUUUAUUAAACGUUGCUCCAUUCGAAUUUAGAUUGAUUCUUCUAGAUUCAACUUUUGAAACAUUUCUUUGGCAAUUCAACAUUCACCUUCGGUCAAUAUCAUCGUUGUGUGAUCAGAUUUUGCAUCAACGUUUACUUUACCAUCCUUGACGGAAAUCGGAAACGAGAGUGUCCUUGGCAAACUUUUUGUAGACAGAGUACCAAUGCCAUUUUUGCCACUAAGUAAGUUAUAAGAAACUAUGCGUCCAUCAUAGUCUGCCACAGGAUACGUACAAUAAAGAA